AUGCAUAUGCUCAGGUCUUGUUUGUGGCGCAAUCCCAGUGGAAUGGCGCUCGAGACCUAUUACGAGUAUUGUGGAGUUGGAGAUGUAGAGAAGUUUUCUUUACUUCUCUGGCUUAUGCUUCAGUUAUCGUCUGAGCGCAUUCAAUGUCGCAUGAACGCUGCUUACAACAAUGUAAUGUCCAGCGAUAACUCUCUAGAAUUUGAACCAUAA